AUGGCGACAGUCAAGAUUGGCACCCUUCUCAUCCGCACAUUAGCGAAGCCAAUAUCUGCUCAGAUAAAGCAUCAGGCCAAGGAACAUGAGAGGUUCCGGAAUAUGUGUGUCGGACUCGCGCAGAGAAUGUAUCGGUACGAAAUCAAGCUUCGCACCAGCCUCCUCGGUGAGCCCGCGAAGCACGUCCGACCUCUCUCAGAAACACGCGCCAUCGAGAACGGUGCCAACUUCCUCGCCGAAGGUUUCCUCUUCGCCGUCGCCACAGCCCUCAUCCUAGGCGAAACAUGGCGUUCCUCUCGAAGUUCAUCAAAACGGAGAGAUGACGUGGAUGAGAAAUUGGAGGAUCUCCAGUCGAAGAUGCAGGACGUGACGAAAUGGAUGGAAGGCGCGGAGGAGCGCUAUGUUGAGGAACAGCGGAAGAAUGAAGAGCUGACACGAAUACUGGAGCGCGUCGUCGAGAUAGGUCUGCGAGGCGGCUGGGCCGAACUCGAGGACACCCCACUACGAAUUCCCCGUCUACAACUGGGCCCACCACCGUCAAUCUCGAACUCAUCCGCCUCUACCAUUUCUUCUUCAUCAUCACCAGAGCCGUCCCAGUCAUCCUCAUCAUCCUCGGACUCACCUUCUUCACUGGCAUAA